AGUGGAUGAAAGUGAGGCAGGGAUCAGAGAAGGAGGAGCGACGACAGGAAGAGAUGCGCCUCAGAUUAUCAGAUGCUCCGCAGAUAUCGAGGACGAGUGGGAAGCGCAGACGUCUCCGUGUUUGCACCUUGCAGAGCUGACUGACGCGAAGAGUGUAUUGUCCAUGGAUGUUCCGGAGGGAAAGUUAUUGAAGAAGGGUUCCAUAAAAAAGAAGAUCGAGUCCCUGCGACGUUGGAGUUCAGCGAGCAUCAAGAGGCCUCCAAAGCCAAAGGCCAAAACCUUAAGCCUGUCCUCCCCUGUGGGGGACCCUGAUGACCUUUGGCUGCAGGAAGGAGACAGGAGGAAAUUGCGACCCAUCGUUGAUUCCGUGUUUGGGCAGGGGGUGUCGCCUGUAGAGAGAAGUGGGGCCCCAGUUGCCGCGGCCAUGCUCGGGGAGCUGAAAGAAGCAGGUGAGCUGGACACAGAAGAAGACGAGGACAGAGGAAGCGAGCCGGAGUUCGAUGAGCCGCUGUGUUCUCUGGUUAAGAACUGCAACAUGCUGCACAACAUAGUGGGGCCUGCGUGUAUCUUCCUCAAACAAGGCUUUGCACAGAGCCAGAUCGACCGAGACCUGCGGCCUGAAGAAAUGGAAGAGCUGCGUGAGGCAUUCAGGGAGUUUGACAAGGACAAGGAUGGCUUCAUCAGUUGCAAGGACCUUGGCGAGUGCAUGAGGACGAUGGGAUACAUGCCGACUGAGAUGGAACUGAUCGAGCUCAGCCAGCAGAUCUGUGGCGGCAGAGUAGAUUUUGAAGACUUUGUGGAGUUGAUGGGGCCAAAGAUGCUGGCUGAGACAGCAGACAUGAUUGGAGUCAAAGAGCUUCGGGAUGCCUUUAAAGAGUUUGACUCCGAUGGUGACGGUCAGAUCAGCCUUGGGGAGCUAAGAGAAGCCAUGAAGAAGCUGGUGGGCGAGCAACUCAACCACCGUGAGAUAGAUGAGAUCCUGCGUGACGUCGACCUCAACGGGGAUGGAGAGGUGGACUUUGAGGAGUUUGUGAGGAUGAUGUCUCGCUGAACAAAAGCAUAUUUGCUGCACUGAAUGAGGACUGCACUCCGUCGUCUUGUAACUCACACUUCCUUGUGCCCCGCCUUUCAGUCUCUCAGAGUGUGAGAAACCCCUCUGUACGUGUGUUUGUGUCACGUGAAUGUUUACCGUGCUAAAGGUGGUAACAUGGAAUGCAUGGCGGAUGUGAAAAAGAAAAUAGAUUGCAUUGAAGGUAACAAUUUAAACUGACACCAGCAUACAUGAUGCAUAUUGCGUGCAUAGGUCUAAACACGGUCAAAAGAAAUGCAAUGAGAGUUAUUUAAAAGCACAUGGUUAAUAAAAAUAAACACAAUUGUAUUAAUGCAAUGCUAGCAAUUUAAUUCCAGAUUUUACCCAAAUACAUGAUUGGUACUGUCAGAGAGAUAAUAAUUUUGCAAUAUGUUUAUUCCAAUGUCGUAUGCUGUGUUGUUGGACUGCAGUGCUACCCAAGUGUUUUUCCGUCAUGUUGCCUUUUUUUCCACAGGCAUUUCAAUAUUAUCUUCACUUUUAGUCGUACACAAAGUAUGCUUGUCACACAAACUACAAAAGAAAUAAAUGUGUUGGGGGUGCCACUUGUUUACAUUAUGACAAUUAACGCAAUACCUCGUUAUUUUUCCUUGGUCUGGUUGGAAGGUAUCAAUAUUGUCUCAAAUAAAUAUAUAUUUAAGUCUUUAAAGAAAUAUAUGUUCUAUUUUUACAUUUUGUGCAACGGCAUAGUGAAAUACUCGCUCUAAAUAAAAAUAAAUAACAUUAAAGCG